AUGUCCCAGCAUACUGUGGUGGCUUGGCCCUGGCUGCUACUGACCUCGUUGACUUAUAUUCUCGGUAACCGCUGUCGUCCCUUUGGACUCACUGGUGGCAUCGCGGCAGGCAAAUCGACCAUAUCCCAGCUAUUUCGCGCACACGGAGCCGUUAUUAUCGACGCCGACGACAUUGCGCGUGGUGUACUGGAACCUGGAACUUGGGGCUAUAAGCGGCUGCGGGCCAGUUUGUCUCGUGGCACGACACCGCUCUGGCCGCAAGUGUGUCAGGCAGAUGGGCGCGUGGAUCGCCAAGCCUUGCGCGAAGCCAUUUUUGCGACUCCUGCUGUGCGGCGUGUCGUCAAUCAAGCUACGCAUCUGCCCGUGUUUGUCGAGUUGCUACGUCAGCUCAUUCUUGCACGGCUAUGGUACUGGCGCUCCUUCGUGGUGCUGGACGCACCCUUGUUGCUGGAAAGUGGCCUGGAUCGGUUGUGCCACACCGUGGUUUUGGUGACAGCACCCGAGCGCACCCGCAUUGAACGCGUUAUGCGACGUGACAGCGUUACGGAGACGCAAGCCAAAGCCACCAUCGCCGUUCAAAUGGUGCCCGCAGAGCAAAUAAAGCGGGCACAGGUUGUAUUCGAGAACAGCGGAACUCAAACGGAGCUGCGCAAUCGCGUCGAUGCAUGGCUACAGCAACAAGGCCUCUAG